AUGCAACUCAAGAGAGGCAUCAUGGUCUUUUUCUCUUGUGAGACCAAAGGUGUGACCAGGGACAUGGAGUUCACUCAAACUCCUUCCCUACCUGUGGUAAGGUACCAGGAUUUAAAGGGGCAUAAUUGUGAAGGAUAUAGAAAAGAAAUUUGCUCCAUCUGCUUGGUGGAGUAUGAAGGAAAAGAUGCAGUGAGUAAGUUGGGAAAAGGGAAGAUGAAGAGGGAGCAAAAAGGUGAUAAGAUCGAGAUCACCGAGUCCAGAAGCAAAGUCAGUGAGGAUUGCAUUGAGCAAUGA